AUGCCGAAUUUACCGUCCACGGUCCACAUUUCGGAGAUCAUGGGCUCGCCGACGACUGCUGUGUGCACGCCCGCCGAGGUCCGGACGUCUUGCGCCGCCGUCACGGCUGCCGCCAAGCACGUCAAGGUCCUCGACGAGAAGAUCGCCACGUUUGCCUCGACGAUCGACAUGGCGCAGUUCGCCGAGCUCUCGGGGGCCGUGCGCUACCCGCUGUCCUUCAAGUCCAUCUCGGACGAGCUCAACUUUAUGGGCCUCGUCAACGUCCUCAACUUUGGCAGCGGCUACCGCAAGCCUCUGCACGACAUUACGACUCGCGGUGCCCACGAGACGAUGACGUUUGGCGCGAUCGGGCUCUUCAUCUCGGAGCCGCGCCUCGACGCCAAGUUCCUCCGCGGCCUCUCGCUCGAGAGCGUGGCCUCGUACUUUUCGCUGCCGACCGAGCGUGACGAACAGCUCUCGCCGGGCAUCUACAUCGCCAAGCCGGGUCCGCUCAAGCCGUUGGCCGAGAGCAUCCGCAAGGUCUUGAACGACACAGGUCGCAUCCUUCUCGAGCUCGGAUUCGCCGACUUUGGUGCAUUUCUGCUCGCGCAUUUGCAAAAGGGUAGCUCGGCGUCGCAGCUCGUUGAGCUGCUAGCGACGACGUUCCCAGCCUUCCACGACGUGAGCCCUGACGGCAGCGUCGUCGUGCUCAAGAAGGCCCAGUGCUUUGUCGCAAGCCUCUACCGCCGCUUUCAAGAAGAAGAUCCGAUGUUUCGCUUUGAGGACAUUGCGAGCUUGACCGCGUUCAGCGACAAUGUGCUGCCGUGUGUGCUGCAUGCCAUGGGCAUCCUCGAGUACUCGCCGGAGCUCGAUGACAUGAUUGAAAAGGGCACGCUGCUGCCCCACGGUGGCGUUGAGACUGAGCUCCGUGCGGCCGCGGUUGUUGCCUGCGAGAAGAUUGUGGCGGCGACCGGCCUCGAAAUGAUUGCGCUCGACUCGUUCCUCUGGCGUCUUGGCAAGGAGCCGGCGUACCGCAUCAAGCCGCGCCAUGCGACCCAAGACACAGUCUACUACUAA